GCAUUCAUGGUCUUAUUUGUCUCAAAAUUCAUCACCAACAAAUACUUCAACUCUAAACAUGGAACAAAACUUCCUUCUCUACAUCAUUUUCUCUUUCAUUUUGCUAAUCACUAUAAAACUACUAUUCUUCUCCAGAAGAUUCAAAAAACUUCCACCAUGCCCACCUUCUUUUCCCAUAAUUGGCAACCUCCAUCUACUUAAACAACCAAUUCACCGCUACUUUCAUGACCUAUCCCAAAAAUACGGUCCAAUUUUCACACUUAAAUUCGGGUCUCAAUUUGUAGCUGUUGUUUCAUCAGCAUCCAUUGCUGAAGAAUGUUUCACCAAAAACGACGUAAUUUUCGCAAACCGUUUAACCUCUAUCAAAACCAAGUAUCUUGGCUUCAACAAUACAAACAUUAUUACCUCGUCCUAUGGAGAUCAUUGGCGCAACUUACGUCGUAUAAGCUCGAUUGAAAUACUCUCCACUCAUCGUCUCAACUCCUUUUCCGAAAUCCGAAAAGACGAGAAUAUGAGAUUGAUUCAAAAGCUUAGUGAGAAUUCUCACAAAGAUUUCACAAAAGUUGAGCUUAGACCCUUGUUUGCUGAGCUAACAUUUAACAUAAUCAUGAGAAUGGUUUGUGGAAAACGUUUUUAUGGGAAUGAAUCUCAUGAUGCAAAAAAUUUUAGAGAUGUCAUGAAUGAGGUGCAACAGUUUGGGUUAGGGUCUAACCUAGGUGAUUUUAUUCCUUUAUUUAGAUGGUUUGAUUUUAGUGGUUACCAUAAGAAGAUAAAAAUGGUUGGGGAGAAGAUGGAUGCACUUUUCCAAGGACUUCUUGAUGAUAAUCGUAAUAAUAGAAAGGAAAAUAAGAAUACCAUGAUUGAUCACCUACUUUCCUUACAAGAAUCACAACCUGAUUAUUACAGCGACCAAAUUAUCAAAGGGCUUAUUAUGUCAUUGAUAUUUGCUGGAACAGAAACCUCUGCUACAACAUUAGAAUGGGCUAUGUCUAAUUUGUUAAACCAUCCAGAGGUAGUAGAAAAAGAAAAGAUUGAAUUGGAUAAUCACAUUGGACAAGAGCACUUAAUUGAGGAAGUUGAAGCUACCAAAUUAAAGUACCUUCAAAAUAUUAUCUCUGAGACUUUACGGUUGCAUCCAGCAGCACCAAUGUUGUUACCACAUUUAUCAACUAAAGCUUGCACUGUAGGAGGCUAUGAUGUGCCUCAAAACACCAUGUUGAUGGUGAAUGCUUGGGCUAUUCAUAGAGACCCUAAUUUGUGGGCUGACCCUAUGAGCUUUAAGCCCGAGAGGUUUGAGGAUGGUCAUCAAGGAGACAAACAUGGGUUUAUUCCUUUUGGGAUGGGGAGGAGGGCUUGUCCUGGGUCGGGCUUAGCCCUGAGAACUUUGAGCUUGACUUUGGGAUCUUUGAUUCAAUGCUUUGAAUGGAAAAGGAUUGGCAAGGAAGGAGUUGAUAUGACUGAAGGACGUGGAACUCUGUUGCCUAUGGCCAUUCCAUUGGAGGCACAAUGCAAAGCUCGUCCAAUAAUCAAUAAGCUUUUCUCUUAAUAAUUGUGUGUUUGCUAAAGAUUCAAAUUGAUAAGAACCUUAUGAAUAAUGUUGUAGAAGUUGAAAAAAUAUUAUUUGGUGUGUACUACGCUAUUCCAUUGUUUAUUUUUUAUUUAUUGAAAAAUAAAUACUUUCAAAAGCUGAAGAAGCUUUUCUAGAUC